AUGAAUCUGCGGCUCUGCGUGCAGGCGCUGCUGCUGCUCUGGCUCUCCUUGACUGCAGUGUAUGGAGUGCCCCUGAUGCAGCCUCCUGACGGGAAGGAGCUGGAGGAAGGCAAUGUUCGCUACCUGGUGCAGCCCAGGGCUUCGAGGAAUGGACCCUGGCAGGGAGGCCGGAGGAAAUUUCGCCGCCAGCGGCCCCGCCUCUCCCACAAGGGCCCCAUGCCUUUCUGAAGCAGGACUGAAGGGGCCCCCAGGUGCCCACCCCCUGCGGUUCUCUCUACUCCACAGUUUGAUCAGCUUCUCUGGAGCCCUCACAUCCAUUCAGCUGUCGUUUUGCACCUGUUCUAGCUGCUGAUAGUCCCAGCUCUUCUAGCCCACCAGCUUCCCCUAAUGGUGUGGUCCUGCUCCUCAUUCAGAUGAUUCCAUUUCUCUCAUAAGGAUCCAUGUAGUCCAUCUUUCUGGCCCUUCCCUGGACUGAUUUUGGAGACCCAGCUUCUCCCUGGCCUGCUGUACACCCUCGUCCCUACUUUACCUAUUUAAUGCCCCCACCCUUCAGCUAGCUCUUCCCUCCUCAAGUCUGCCCUGGAAUCUGGAUGGAAACACUCUCUUCUUCAGUGGACUCCUGCAGAUCCGUAUUUUCUUGUCAGUCGGACGCUCACUCAGCCACCAGAGAGGAAUACAAAGAUGUGCAAUGAGAGAUUCUAGUUAGAGGGGCUGGGUGUUGGGAUCCAGAGAAGGUACAUUGGGGAAACUGAAAUGGGGAGAAAUGGUCUUCUGGUGAAGUGGGGCGAGGCACUGCAAAACAGGAAUAGCCUCUUCCUCAUCCCUGUGGCUUCAUUCAGGAAGAAAAGAAGGAGAGGCUCUCUGAAGUACUUUGGUACUUCUGUCACCUUAUUCUGUCUCCUAACACAUUCUUUCUCUCUAUCCUCUACAACUAGUUCAAGCUCCAGGUCACGUGGGAAGGGUGCCGGGCCUACUGUGCCUCUGUACCCUCCCAGGAGUGAAUGCCAAAUAGGAAGGUUGUUUUUGCCAAGAAUCCCAGAAUAUCAGAGCUGAAAGGACCCUUGGAGAUCACUUAGCUCAACCUCUUUAUGCCAAAGCCUGUGAAAACAGAGUCCUGGAGUGAGGAGUGACCUGCUCAGGGUUUCUGCUGAGUCAGAAUGGGGACCAGGUCUCCAGAUUCCCACUUGAUGAUGUCCUCUUCCCUCUUAAUGAUGUCUUCAAAACAAAUGUAGUGCCUUUUGCUGGGGUUACGGCUGGGAGUGUCUGGGAAGGGAAGGGAGAGGCAAGCUGGCUGUGAGCUGCCCCGUUGUGGGGAUGGAGCUGCUCCCACCUCUCUUGCCUUCCCCUGCUGCUCCAUUCCCAACCUGGGCCAUAUGGUUCCAUAACUGGCCAGCUGCCCCUCUUCUGACAGCACUCCCAUGCCUGGGGGCCUUUAACAGGGGAGCUCAGGCACUGGGAUUAAUGUUCAGACCCAACAUUGGUUGUCAAAUGCCGGAAGUAGCCUUAAAUCAUUGAACCCAAUGGCCUCCCCUUCGUGUUGAUUGGACCCUCUUUCCUAGUGGACUUCCUUGGGGAGCAGAGGGCAGAGAGUGGCAAAGAAAGGGAAGGCAAAGAAGGAGAGAUGGGAGGAUGUACAGGUAGGGUUGCACUCCAUUCACCAGGGCCUGUCUUUCCUGAGGGGCCUCUCAGCCCUUCCCUCUUGGGACCCUCUUGCCUUUGCCUGUGCAGAUUUCCUUCCCAGAUGCUUUCCAAGAGGGAGAAAAGGGAAGACAGAAGCUCGAUGCCCACUUACAUAUAUCUGGGGCAGGGGGAGUCAGGGCCCCCCAAGUCCCACAAUAACCCCAAUGUUCACCUGCCCACCUCCCCUCAAGUCCUUUCCCCUCUGCUGCUGCUAAUGCUGCUGCUGUUCUGCUGCUGCCGCCAUUGCCUCAAGGCCCACCCUGGGGAGCCAAGCUGGGCACAGCCUCCCCACCCCACCAGACAUGGAGUGGGGUCUGGCCAGUGUCCACAAAGUCUCUUUUGCUACUGGUCCCCCCAGUAGGGACCUUGCCUUCUUAUUCUUCCUUCCUGCGUCUCCUGCCUCAUCAGCCUGCCAUGACCUAUAGCCAACCCAGCCCCAUGGGGAAGGGAAGAAGAGAGGGAGGAUGGCUGAGAGAGAUAGGAGACAGAGGGCAGAGGAGGGUAGUGGGUGGGCUAAGGGUGCUCUCU